ACGUGUUGUGUCUGAUGCAAUCUGGAACAUUUAGAGCUGGGAUCCAUUCCAAAGCCUCUGGGUGUGUCAGAAUAAGUUGAAUGUUUUCAGCUGGGCCUCCUUCAGUAUUUCUUUUCCUCAUUCUGUUCUGUGGAAAGUCAAACCUUUGAAAAGGCUAAAGAGUGUUCAGUAUCACAGUCUAGAGGCAUUACCCCUCAUCUUAACCUCCACAUCCUCACCUCUGACUUAUUCUGUCUUUUUUCUGUGUACGUAAGGCAUUUUGCUCGAUAUUGCAUUUCUGCUGACAGAAGUUUUUGGAUUUGUGAAUCAAACAAAUGACGGCCUUCAGGAGGAAUGCCAGCUCCGAAGCCAAGCCCAGGCACACAAGAAGGAGCCAUGCCAGCGCUUCACAGCAUGGAGUCAAACAGCACUGCAACCAACAACAUCCUGGCUUCUGUCAAAGAACAGGAGCUGCAGUUUGAGCGCUUGACUCGGGAAUUGGAGGUGGAGCGACAGAUUUUGGCCAAUCAGCUGGAACGAUGCCGACUGAGUUCAGAUUCACCAGGAGCUGCUAGUGGAGGCUCCUGUGAGAUGUCUCUUCCCUGGAGAUCUGCAGGGUCUGGGGGGCACUCUCACACUUCAGCCCUGAUGAACUCUGACAGUGGGUAUCAGGACGCUGUCAGCUACCAGAGCGGUCAGCCGCAAGGCGAGGGUCAGCCGAACUCAUCACCUGCUUCAGGAGGAAGCCCCAGGGCUGAGGGUCAGGCUGCGGGACACCCCCCAGCAGCUGAGCUUCAGGUGUCGGGAAUGAUGGAUUGGGCUAAACCAGGUCAUGCUCUGCGACGAGUUGGUUCGAUGCCCACUCGUACUCAGUCACUGUAUGGAAGCAACAUCUCGCCAUCUCGAGGGUCCCUUCGGACCAUUGGGAGCUCCUCCCUCUCUGGAGUCCCACAGAAGAUCUCUCCUGCCACCCUGAAUAGAGCGGGCUCCUCCGCGUCACCCUGUUCUGGAGGUGUAGGCUCUGUGAGAGAAGACAAGCAGGUCGGGUCGGGGUCACCAGUCAGGCCAGGGAUGACCGCAGUCCCACAGCAUUAUGGGUCGAUGAUGUCCAGAACGUUUCUGCAUGAUGUAUCUAAUCCAUACCUUACACACAGCUAUGAGAUCUACGAGCAGAUAGACCCACGACCAGACAUCUUAACAGGUGUGCGAACAUCUUACACUAGUCAACACAGUCAGAUAGGUGCUGAUCUGAGGUCAGCCACUUCCCCUGACCGCCAUAUUGGACCCAUCUAUGAGGGCCGGACUUUGCAGGGCCCCCUUUACCACAGCCUGAGCCCAACAGCUUCAGACCUGAACCCCAGCCCACAGAGUGCUCUCUACAGGACCUCCUUUGGUAUGAGUAACCUGCAGCGGAGCUCCAGUCAGCGCAGUAACAUGAUGUACCAAAGAAAUAACUAUCCUUUAAACUCCAUAUACACAGAAGUAUACCAAUCUGCUCCUUACUGGUCCCCUGAUCCCAGCUACACACGCCAGCUCAUGCAUGAUGAAGCCACACGCUCCCCUUCGGUAGACAGCAUGCAGAAGGACCCAAGGUUGAUGACAGUACUGAUAUUAAUUAGUAGAACUCGUUAUAACGUGGUUCUGGAUCAACACUUGCUGCUUUCACAUUAUCACCCUGUUACUGCUGUGUGUGUGUGUGUCUGUGUUAUAAUCAGUAAGCUGGCUUCAUGUGACUGUUUUCAUUGUGUUAAUGUGUGCUUUUUUAGAGAGUUUGCAUGGCACAACCCAGACCUGCCGGAGGUCAUCCACAUGCUACAGCAUCAGUUUCCAUCCGUGCAGGCUAAUGCAGCAGCGUACCUGCAACACCUGUGCUACAGAGACAACCACGUCAAGACGGAGGUGUGUCGUCUGGAUGGAAUAAAACACCUGGUAGAUUUGUUGGAUCAUAAGGUUCUGGAUGUGCAGCGGUACGCAUGUGGAGCCCUGAGGAACCUUGUUUAUGGCAGAGCUACAGACGACAACAAGAUUGCCGUGAGAAAUGCAGGUGGAAUUCCUGCACUGCUUCGCCUGCUGAGAACAACUGUAGACACUGAAGUACGAGAGCUUGUCACAGGUGUGUUGUGGAAUCUGUCUUCGUGUGAUGCAGUGAAGACGACAAUCAUCCACGAUGCUUUAAGCACCAUGACCAACACUGUGAUUAUCCCUCACUCGGGCUGGAGCAGCACUGACUUUCACGAUGAGCACAAACUCAAGCUGCACUCCUCUGUUGUGCUCCGCAACACCACCGGCUGUCUCAGGAACCUGAGUUCAGCUGGAGAAGAAGCCAGAAAAUGCAUGCGCUCCUGCGAGGGACUCUUGGACUCACUACUGUACGUCAUCAAAGCUUGUGUCCGCACCUCUGAUUUUGACAGCAAGAUUGUGGAAAACUGUAUUUGCAUUCUGAGGAAUCUCUCCUAUCGGCUGGAGCUGGAAAUCCCACCCUCCUGGCUGACAGCCAAUCAGGAGCUUGAUGAGUUAAUGGGGUCAGAGUCACCCAGUAAAGAGGCAGAUAACAGCUGCUGCGGGAACAAGAGGAGAAAAAAGAAGAAUUUACUCGAAGAACAGUGGGAUGGUGUCGGGCCGAUCCCUGGUUUCUCAGAUUCUCCUAAAGGUGCUGAAAUGUUGUGGCACCCAUCUGUAGUGAAGCCCUAUCUUACCCUGUUAGCUGAGAGCUCAAACCCAGCCACACUAGAGGGCUCCGCCGGGUCACUCCAGAACCUCUCCGCAGGAAACUGGAAGUUUGCAGCGUAUAUCCGCGCCUCGGUGCGUAAGGAGAAAGGUUUGCCCAUACUGGUGGAGUUAUUACGCAUGGAUAAUGACCGAGUGGUGUGCUCCAUUGCCACAGCUCUCAGAAACAUGGCUCUGGACGUGAGAAAUAAAGAACUGAUCGGGAAAUACGCCAUGCGGGACCUGGUGAACCGUUUGCCGGGGGGAAACAGUAAACAGCUGUCAUAUGAUACGGUGGCGGCAAUCUGCUGCACACUGCAUGAGGUCACCAGAAGAAACAUGGAGAACGCUAAAGCCCUGGCAGAUGCGGGCGGCAUUGAGAAACUUGUCAACAUCACCAAGUGUAGAGGAGAAAGCAGGUACUCUGUGAAGGUGGUGAAGGCGGCCGCUCAGGUGCUGAACACACUGUGGCAGUACAGAGACCUGCGCACCAUCUACAAGAAGGACGGCUGGAAUCAGAAUCACUUCCUGACUCCUGUAUCGACUCUGGAGAGAGAGCGCUUCAGAUCCGCACCCACUCUACCAUCGAGCACUCUACAGAUGUCCCCUGCACACCACACAGGCAGCACAUUAUCAUCUCCUGCCACGCUGUGCACCAAAGAACACUCUGAUCAUCAGAAGACACAAACUAUGCAAUUUUAUGAUUACCAAGAAGAAAAUGGCAUCAAUAAACACAAAAGUACAGGGUCUGCAAAAGAAUCUCAGUAUUACACUUCCCUGAGCAGAGAGGGCUCGAGACGAGAACAGAAGGUCUAUCGCGCCGAUGAAACAGGCCACAGAAACCAUGACACUUACCGCACAUACCUGCCUUCACUAUACGAUUACAAGGACUCUUAUCUGGAAAAGAUGGUGCACUAUUCUCCUGCUGAUUACAGCCAGACACACGGCUUCAGAACCACAAGCAACUACGUGGACUUUUACUCUUCCACCAGGAGACCGUUACACCACAGUGAACAUUACCAGGGAUCCCCCGAUUCAUGGGUAUAGAGGCCCGGCUCACAGACUUCACUAUCUCUAACACAGAAAUAGAUUUGGGAACACAUUGUUUUUAAAGAGACUCGAGUAGUGGAUGAAAAGCAUAUGAAUGCGAUGGAGAAUGUUUAGCAGAAUGUUGUUUAAAUGGAAAUAAGAAAUGAAUCAUGAACUCUGUUUGUAGGGGACUGGAGAGAUGUUGCAGACCAGGGGUGCCAAAAAACCAGACCCUGUAGAGUUCAGUUCAAACCCUGCUCCAACACACAUGCCAUACACAGUAGUUUUCAAAUAAGCCUGAAGGAUUUGAUUAGCUGGAUCAGGUGCAUUUUAUUAGGGUUGAAGCUAAACUGCAGGACUGCGGACUCUCCAGAAACUGAGCUUUGCUUCCCUGGUGUAGACUUUAAAUGAUUUUUAUUAGCAUUAAAGUAUUUAAGAGUUACUCGCUCUGUAAGAAGACUGGGAAAUUAUUACAAACCUGGGGCACAUGAACAUGAACUUCAGUUUGUCAAAACAAUAAAUAAAUGAAUUAUGAUUAAAUGUAUAUGAAGGAUUUCAGAGGGAACAUUGUGCCUGCUUUUGCUGAGAUUGUUAAUAUUAUGGAGACUUGUACAUAUCUUUCAUGUAUUUUUGAAAAUAGCUACAUGGUUUAUGCUUUACUACACUGGUCAAAACUCAUGUCAUGUGAAGUGAAUAAAUGGUGAGAGAUGCCA